AUGCGCCCCGCGGCUGCUGGCACCCUGAAGGUAGUGUUCUUCAUCUUCGCCUCCCUGUGUGCCUGGUACUCCGGGUACCUGCUGGCAGAACUCAUCCCAGAUGUGCACCUGUCCAGCACUGUCUACAGCAUCCAGAGCAUUGGCAAGAAGCCCAUCCUCAAAGCCCCAACCCCAAAAAGGCAAAAAUGUGACCACUGGUCCCCGUGUCCUGCAGACACCUACGCUUACCGGUUGCUCAGCGGGGGUGGCAGGGACAAAUACGCCAAGAUCUGCUUUGAGGAUGAGAUGCUCAUAGGAGAAAAGACUGGGAAUGUUGCAAGAGGAAUAAACAUUGCCAUUGUCAACUAUGUGACUGGGAAAGUGAUAGCAACACAGUAUUUCGAUAUGUACGAAGGUGAUAACUCUGGACCGAUGACAAAGUUUAUUCAGAGCGCUCCCUCGAAGUCCUUGCUCUUCAUGGUAACCCACGACGAUGGCAGCAGCAGGCUGAAGGAGGAUGCCAAGAAGGUUAUAGAAGCCCUGGGAAGUACCGAGAUCAGGAACAUGCGAUUCAGGUCAAGCUGGGUGUUUGUGGCGGCAAAAGGCUUUGAACUUCCUGCAGGAAUUCAGAGAGAAAAGAUCAACCACUCAAAUGAUGCGAAGAACAGGUAUUCUGGCUGGCCAGCCGAGAUCCAGGUAGAAGGCUGCAUACCAAAAGGGCCCAGCUAA